AUGGGAGCUGGCGCAUUCCUGGAGCCGCUGGUGGUGGUUGGGCUUCUGUUCGGUGGUGCGUGGAUCAAUCGAGCCACCGAUUCCACCGUGUCUGCAAGAGACCAGUUCUGGAACGAAUCUCUACCCGAAGCUCGUGGGAUCGAAACCGACGAAGCUCUCGAUAUCGAAGAUGCCCGUAUCUCACGCUCAAAACGAUCCCUGUCACCUUCUUUACUUCCUUCACAAGAGAACAGAUGGCGAGAAAGAGAAGUCAGAGUCAUGGGGUACCAUACGGUUCUGCAGACGCCAAACACGGCAGUCUUUCGAAAUCGACUGCUCAGCAGGCUUCUGCACAAGUUUCCAUUCUUGGUCGAGGCCUGGUAUUGGGCUCUGAUAUACUGGGUAUACCAACUCGGUCGAGCGUUUACAGCCCUCACUGUCGUCGAGGGGACUGUUCAUGUUGCGCGGCGACAUGCCCUGCGGGUGAUCGCUUGGGAACAACGUCUGAAUAUCUUCUGGGAGAAACCCAUCCAAGACUUCUUCAUGUCGUUCCCGCGCUUGAUGAUGUGUAUCAACUGGCUGUACUCUUUCAUCCAUAUCCCCGGGACCAUUGCGUUCCUGGUUUGGUUGUACUACUAUACCAUAACGAGCAACCAAGGGGUUUACCGUCGUGGUGCUGGCGCUCAAGACAUCAUCACCCAAGGAAGACAUGGCUCUGCAGCCGGGUCAGGUCUGUAUGAGGCCCGUAGACGAACCAUGGCCGCUUGCAAUCUGCUCGCAUUUGUCGUGUUCACGCUCUGGCCGUGCAUGCCUCCGAGGCUGCUGAGCGAUCCUGACUACAGUGGUCCAGACGCCGAACUCGCCAAGAGUUUCGGCUUCGUGGACACAGUGCAUGGUAAAGACGGGGCAAGCAGUGUAUGGACGCAGAACAAGUUCUGCAACCAAUAUGCUGCGAUGCCCUCUCUGCACUUUGGAUACUCGCUGCUGGUCGGACUCACGAUAAUGACCAUCCCACUCGCUCCUCAACACCGGCGAUCGAGAUCGAUCCAUCUGCCGUUGUUCAACAACUCGCACCCGGAACUCGCACCCCAGAUUAGACUCCCCAGUACGCGACGCCUGGCCUGUCUCACCAUUGGCUUCAUGUACCCCUUUGCGAUCCUCAUCGCAAUCGUCUCAACGGCAAACCAUUUCAUUCUCGACGCCGUGGCGGGCGCCACGAUCUGCGGGCUCGGUUGGAACAUGAACCGGGUGCUACUGAAUUUGUUGCCGCUUGAAGAUUGGUUCUUGUGGGCAGUGAGGAUCCAUAAGCCGGUACAUGUCUCGCUUCAAGAAUCCAGAGGCAUUAAACCAGGGUUGUUGAAGAACAGCAUGGGCGGCUGGGUGCCUGAACGACCGGUUGUGGUUGAUUCCAGCUAA